AUGUACUUCAGAGAGCCUACUAAGGAAGCUGAGUCAACUACAGCCCAGCAGGAGGCCCUGCCUCAGCCUGUUAAGCACCCCGAGGAGACGGAAUCUUCUGCAACCCUGCAGGAGCAACCAGCUCAGCCUCCAGAGCCACCUUCUGGGGAGGCGGAGCCUUUGCCAGCUCAACAGGAACAGCCAGCUCAACCUCCAGAGCAUCAUGAAGUGACAGUUUCACCUCCAAGUCACCAUCAUGCUCAGCAGUCAAACGGAGCCAAUGUCACUGUCAAGCCUGUGGAUGUGGGGCUUACCAUAAGCACAGAAGCCAGCCCAGAGGUGGGACCGUCUCCAAAUCCGCCCAAGCCUUCCACUCAGCCAUCGGUGUCCCACACCAGUGUGGGAUUUUCUACAACCCAGCAUGAGGCCCCCACGCUGCCUCCACAGCCACCUGAGGAAGUUGAACCUUUGCCAGUUCAACAAGAGGCUCCAGAUCAAUCUCCAGAAGCUGCUACCGUUCAUGAGGAGGCCCCGGGUCAGCAUCCAGAGGCUCCUGGUGAGGUUGAAUCCUCCCCAGCUCAGCAUCCAGCGCUCUCUAAUGAGCAUGUAGCUGUCGCUCCAGAGCAUCACGUGACAACAGUUUCUCCGCUAGGUCAGGAUCAAGCUCAGCUUCCGCAGCGGCCCAGCAGUGUCACUGUUAAACCUGUGGAUCUUGUGCUCACCUUAAGUCCAGCAUCCAGUAAUGAGGUUGAAGCUUUUCCACUGCCACCAGAAACCUCGGUGCAGUCUGCGGUGUCCCCGGAGCAGUUGCAACUGUUGUCAGGCCAGCAGGAGUUUUCAGGUCAGCAUUCAGCCCCAGCUCGGCCUGAAGAGGUUCCUGCGGAAACCGAACCUGCUCCCAGCCAUCAGGAGCACCCAGCUCAGCCUCCAGAGGCCUCUGCAGAGGUCGAAGCUCAGCCUUCAGUAAAUGAAGAGGCGACAUUCUCACCUCCAGGUCCCGGUGAAGCGCAACGUCCAGGGUUGUCUAGUGCCACAGGGAAACCUUUGGAUCUGGCGCUUGUCUUAACUCUAGAGCCCACUGAGGAGGUGGAAACCUCUCCAGUGCAGCAGGAGGGCCCUGCUCAGACUCUAGAUCCCCCUGGGGGAAUGGAGCUUUCUUUAGCCCAGGAGGAGGCCCCAGCUCAGUCUCCCGUUCCCCUUGGGGCCCCAGCUGCAUCUCCGCAGCCCCCGAAGGAGGGAGAACCUUCUGCCACACAGCAGGAGCUUCAGGCUCAGCCGUCAGAGCCUCCUGAGAAGGUGGGACCAUUUUUGGCCUCUCAAGGGCCCCUCCCCGAACUUCUGCAGUCCCCUGGGCAUACAGAGGCUUCCUCGAUCCAACAGGAGCUUUUGGAACCCCUCAAAGAGACGGACCCUUCUCCAGCCCAGCAGGGGGCCCCGCCUCAGCCUCCAGAGCCACCUAAGGAGGUGGAGGCACAAAGUCCAGUGCAUCCUGGGAUGACGGUUCCGACGCUUGGACAGGACCAGGCUCCGCCGAGUGUCGCAGUUAAACCUCCAGAACCUGCUAUGGAGGCUGACCAUCCCACAGCCCUGCAGCAGACGACAGCUCCUCCAACAUACCUCGAGGCGACACUUCCACAUCCAGAGCAGCUUCAGGCUCAGCGUCCAUACCUGACGGAAGUCACAGUUCAACCUUCAGACCUGGAACUGACCGUAAGUGCAGAACCCGCUAAGGGGGAUGAACCUUCUGCAGCCACGCAGGAGACCCCAGCUCAGACUCUGGAGCCACCUAAAGAGGUUGUGGUCCAGCCUCCAUUGUAUCAGUCUGUGACGAAUGCAGCGCCAGGUCAGGACCAAGCUCCAUAUCCAACAUUGCCCAACGCCCCGGUUCAGCCUUUGGACGUGGUGCUUACUGUGACUCCAGAACCUACCACGGAGGUUGAACAUCCUACAACUCCCCCCCCAAACCCCACCGAGGCGACGCUUCCACGUCCAGAGCAGGUUCAGCAUCAGCAUCCAGCCUUGACUGAAGUCACAGUUCAGCCUCUGGACCUGGGACUUAGCAUAACAACGGAACCCACGAAGGAGGAGGAACCUUCUCCAGCCACGCAGGAGACCCUAACCCAGCCUCCCAGGCUGAACCUUCUACGGUCCUGCAAGAGACGACAUCUCCCGCUCCAGAAUACCCUGCGGUGA